GCUGGCAAACAGUUUGCACUUCUAAGGCGUCGAUGCAAGUUGUGCGCGAUGCGUGUGUUACUUUUGUUUUUAUUUAUCUACUGCUGUGAUGGUUAUAAAUUAUUGUUGUUCUUCCCACUACCAGGGAAGAGCCAUGGAAUACUUGGUGAAGCGAUGGUUCACCAUCUAGUGAAAGCCGGACACGAAGUCACAUACAUAGCACCGUACCCAUUAAAAAAGCCUGCGGAAAAUGUGCGUUACAUCGAUGUUUCUGAAAACAUCAACGUCGUACCAGUUUUUCAGGUUUUCGAUAUAAACAAACUUAUGUAUAAGGAGAUGGAUCUACAAAAUAUGAAUAUAAUGUUUAUGAUUAUGGAAGGUUUUAUGAAUGCAACUCUACAGAUAAGCAGUGUUCAAAAUUUGAUGCAUGACCCAAACACCAAUUUUGAUGCGGUCAUUGUUGAAUGGCUUUUCACGGAAAUUGGCGCUGGUUUCUCCGAGGUGUUUGGAUGUCCUUUGAUUUGGUUUUCAUCUAUGGAGCCCCAUUCAUUUUUGCUCUCUUUAAUUGAUGAUCAUUUGAGCCCUGCCUACACAGUGUUUAACUGGGAUAGGCAAUACUCAUUGGAUUUCUACGGCCGCGUCAAACAUCUGUAUUUAUUCUUGAAUCUUAUCUUUGAUAAGUGGAAACUGAAGGAUAUUGAUGAAAUUAUUUAUAGACACGCAUACAAAUCAGCAGCUCAAAGUCGUGGGCGUAAGUUAUCGCCAUUACAUAAAGUGAAGUAUAACGCGUCUUUGAUGUUGGGUAACUCACACGUUUCAAGUGGAGAAUCAUUUACAUUGCCACAGAGUUAUAAGCCGAUUGGCGGAUUUCAUAUACCGGACGAAAUAGAACCACUGCCAAAGAAUCUACAAGACAUCAUGGACAAGUCUACGAAUGGCGUAAUUUACUUUAGCUUGGGAACAAUACUCCAAAGUACCGCUAUACCUGAUUCAGUAAAAAGAGAACUUUUGAAUGGAUUCAGUCAACUUAAAGAAACAGUUAUAUGGAAAUUUGAGACUGAAAUUUCGAAUCUUCCAAAUAACGUACAUGUCGUGUCUUGGGCACCACAGAGGAGCAUUUUAGCUCAUCCAAAUACAAAACUUUUUAUUACCCAUGGAGGUCUUCUGUCUACGUUUGAAGUUCUGCGAUUUGGUGUACCUAUUAUUGGCAUUCCUAUGUUUGGAGACCAGUUUAUCAAUGUGAACCGAGCUGUUAGGAAGGGAUUCGCAAAACGUUUUGACUUAGGCCAAGAGCCAGUGAAUGUAUUAAUUGAUCAUAUUAAGGAGAUAUUAAGAAAUCCCAGCUAUCGCGAAAAGGCAAAAGAGCUGUCGGUGGCGUACCACGACCGUCCUGUGUCUCCUGGUGCUGAGCUGGUGCACUGGGUGGAGCAUGUGGUGAAGACACGAGGAGCUCCACAUCUACGGUCACCAGCGCUACACGUGCCGUUCUACCAGAAGUUAUACCUUGAUCUAUUAGUUUUAUUACUAAUUAUAUUUUCUGCAUUUUUAUUUGUUACAAUAAGAGCACUUUCACUUUUUAGAAACAAUUCUUCGGUUAUUGAAAAGAAAAUCCAGUGAAUUUUUAUUUUUAUUGAUCUUGAAAAUUUAAAUAAAUUAAUUUGCAUAAAUAAUUUAAUAAAAACACCUCAAACCAUAAUAAUUCUUUCCAAAACCAUCACGUGUUCACUGUACCAGAAGUUAUACCUUGAUCUAUUAGUUUUGAUACUAAUUAUAUUUACUAAGUGUAAUUUUAUUUGUUAUAGUAAGAGACAAGACUCCAGUUAUUUGUUUCAUUUUUUUCCCCUUUAAAAUUUUUAUUAAUUGCUUGAAUAAUAAAAAAAAAAACACCUCCAAUAAUAAUAUAUCUCUCUAUAAUUUACACUUGCUGUUCAACCAGAAGUAUACCUUAAUCUAUUUGUUUUGAUACAAAUUAUAUAUUUGUAAUAUAUUUUGUUAUAUUUUUUUUAUCAUUCCAUUUUUUUAUUUUCAAAAUAAGAUUUUUGUUAAUUUAUGUAACUUCUGACUUAAUAAUUAAUAACGCUAUUUAUAUAAAUAAUAAUAAAAUAAAACUUAAAUAAUCUAACAAAAUUAAUUAAUUACAAAUAGAAAAUAUCAUUAAGAUCGCUAUCGGCAGGUAAGGUGCCCAUGACGCUGGAAACGUUACGUCUUUGUAUAGCCAAACUUAUCCUUUGGCAGAGGUACGUACCAGAUCUUGGGUCACCUGUUGAAUCGUUUAGACGCCUCGAUAGCUCUUUUACGAGUUUUUCUGCCGAUGAACCCCAUGGACCCAUCGUCUCCACCCCAAAGGGAACAAAUAUGUAUCCAUCACCGAGUGAUGCAUAUUUCCUCCGCUUUAGCUUUUCGGCAGAUUCCGCCGCUUUUGUUAUAGUAAGAGCAAGUUUGAUGCUAAGUUUAAAGUCUUUGCUUAAUGAAAAUAGAAUCAAGUAUUUUUUUACAUUUUAUUGAUCUUGAAGAUUAUAAUAGAUCUUUACUGAACUAUAAAAAUGUAAACCACAUCAAAUAAUAAUAACUUCUUAAGUUACACGUGCCUUUCUACCAUAGUGUUACCAUAGAGUUAAUACUGUUUUUGCGUGGCGUUAUAUUUAAAGCGCGGUAGAAACACAAGCGAUAACUCUGCCUAGCGAAUACGUUAGUAGAGUUAACAUCUGCUAGUUUUGUUACUAAUA